UUUUUAAUUAGUUAGAUGUAUAAAUUACAUCAAAUCCAAAUGUGUGUAAGAAUUUACUAUUACUAUUUAUUUUUGAAAGAACAAUAGAAUUGGAGAAAUUGACAUUUUACAAUUUUAAGCUUGAGAAAUGAAAUGUAAGGCUUGGGCGUCGAUCCCUUUGCGGACAAGUUCGCCCUACUUCUCAACAUAUUCAGCCCAUUAAAAGGAGGCCUUCACGUCAAAACCCACCUUUCUAUACAAGAAAUUAACCUUGCAUUUGCAUUGUCAAAAUACCAUAAUGAAUUUUUUUUUUCUUUUUCUUUAUCGCAUAGAGCUGUGAUGCAUGCCACUAAAAAAUAAAGUAAAAUAUUGGCCCAAUACCUACUUAUAUUUCAAUAAUAUUUGCGGUAUAACUCAUUAAACACUUAAAUAAAAAAACAAUUAAGAUUUACUAAAAAGAAUAUAAAAUUAUCUCAUUUAUUAUUGAUUAUACUCUGUUGUGCCUUAAAUUCCAUAGAAUAAUGAAUAAGAUAUAAUUAAUAAUAACAGAAAAUUUUUAACCUAUAUUUAAUUUUCAUAAUUUUUAUAAGUUGAUAUAUUUAAUUAAAUAUAUAGAAAAUAGCUUUGAAGAUGCACGAUGUCCAGGUAGCAUUAUCAGGGACCAUUGAUGAGAUAUCGACAUGAACAUUAUGGGCAUCAACAUUGUAAAAACACUAACAAUCUCCACUUACCUAUACUGAUCCAACCCCACUACCAAGCAACAUAAAGCUAACAAAUGCCCUUCACCAUAAUUCCUCAUUUAUCUGUUCAGAUUUCCAAUAACUCUUCACAUUAAUGCUCGUAUUAUUUCUUUAUAUAUCAACUAUCUUCAAAGUUUUCAUAUAGAAAAAAUUAAUCAAUUAUGGCAAUAUCUAGCUGCAGAUCCCAGUGCUGCUUCAUAUUGGCAAUGUUGAUACUAGCUGGAAUGUCAAUUUCCAGAAAAUUUUCUGCAGCUCAAAGCUGUGACACAGAUGUUGUGUCUCUGGUAUUGCAGUGCGAGAAAUUUGUAGAAAAAUCAGGACCGAAGGUUUCACCAUCUCCUGGCUGCUGCGCUGCGGUGAAGAGUGUCGAUGUUUCUUGCGUGUGUGCUCUUCUUACCAAGGAAAUUCAAGAUAUGAUCAGCAUGGACAAGGUGGUCUUUGUGGCAAGAUCCUGUGGCAAAAAGGUUUCACCUGGAACAAUUUGUGGAAGCUAUACAGUUCCAAAAGCUUGAAGUGCAAGGCUAUGAAAUUGGAUUCUCAUAUUAACAAGAGAUGAUCAUCAUGAUAUGAUCAAAUUCCUGGAUGUAUAUUACCUUUCUUCUCCUAUCAAUAAAAUAUUAUAUAUCUUCCCCUUC